UUUUAUGUAAGUCGUCUUUGAGAAGGUUAGUAUAUAUAUAAACAAAAAGGUUGAAGAAAAGAUAAUCCCAUAUUAUAUCGGAGACAAAGGAAGAAAAAGCCCUAAUGAUAUUCCCGAUAGAGGGAAUUGCAAAAUUUCCGGGAAAAUCCGAAAACUUUGAGAAAUGGAAUCAUCACCGAGUGGAGUGCAGCAGGAGGAAGAGCGCAACUGGUUGGAGCUUCCGAGGGACGUGACGUCGACGAUACUGUCUCGGCUGGGCGCGAUCGAGAUACUGACGAGCGCUCAGAAUGUGUGUUCGUCGUGGCGCAACAUCUGCAAGGAUCCUCUAAUGUGGCGCACAAUCGACAUGCGCAAUCCCGGAGAUACCUAUGGUAUGGACUACGACUUGGAGACCAUGUGCCGUCACGCCAUCGACCUUAGUUGUGGCCAACUGGUCGACAUUAACAUCGAGUUCUUUGGCACCGAUGAACUCCUCAAGUAUCUCACUGACAGAUCGAGUAUGGUCAGACGCCUCAGACUUAUAUGUUGCUAUAGCAUUUCAGACAAUGGAUUGAGUGAAGCAGCUGCAAAACUUCCAUUGUUGGAGGACCUUGAGAUCUCAUACCACUCUUUGUCAAAUGAACCUCUGGAAGCUAUUGGGCACUGUUGCCCUCUUUUAAAAUCACUGAAAUUGAACUGUCGGGGAUUCAGACACCCUCAUCUAGCGAUUGAUGAUGAAGCAGUUGCCAUUGCCAAAAGCAUGCCUGAAUUACGCCACCUCCAGCUUUUUGGAAAUAAGCUGACAAAUGAGGGCUUGCAGGCUAUUCUUGAUGGUUGUCCUCAUCUUGAGUCACUUGACCUACGCCAAUGCUUCAACAUUGCUUUGGCAGGUAAUUUGGGGAAAAGGUGUGCUGAGCAGAUCAAAGAUCUGCGGCGUCCUUAUGAUUCCACGGAGGGCUAUGAAUUUGAUGCUGGGAUUCAUAAUACUUAUGAUUAUGAUGAUGAUUCAUAUGAUGAAGACUAUCCGUCUGGGUUUUCUGAUAUUGAUUUUUUGACGGAUGAUGGUGAGUAUUAUGAAUUCUCGGGUGGAAGUGAUCUUACUGAUGAUUAUGACUUUUACUUUGAUUAGUGGCUUUCCAUGAAUUCGAUAUCUCUCCCUGGUGAUGAAACCAAGUCUGUAUAUGCUUAAGUGAAGCAUCCGUGUUUCUAUUUUCAUUAUAUAUGCAUUUCUUUUACUCUUGACUGUUGCUAUGUUGCUAUAAGUGAAUAUCUCACUGGACGAGUUUAGCCACUUUCCUCAUUUUGGCUUUUCUAUCAUCUGUAUUUUUUCUUAAAAACUAGGAUGCUUUUGUUUAGACGUGUAAGAAUUAGAUUUUUUGAUGGGGAAGGUUGGACUAUAUUGUAUAUUAUUAAGUUAUACUUUUUUGGCUAAAAGUAUAUUAUUAAGUUAUACUUUUGAUUUCUC